CUUUCCAUAUGCAGUGUUCCAAAAAGGGAAAGAAAAAAAUCAGCGGUCCUGUAAAAAAUGGCUACGUAGCUAGGAAAUAGCCAUAUCUUAUAUUGCUUAUCCUUCCCUAUUUUCAUUAUUUUGUGUAUGUGCUUUAUUUAUUUCAUAGUAUUUCCAAAACACAAAUUCACCAUCCAAAAUUACAAUAUUAGUAGUACUCUGAUUUUAACGACCACCAGAAAGUAUUGAGCAAAAUGAUUCAAAGAACUGUCCCGAGUUUAAGGAAAUUGCUUCUUCGACCGCCUGGUUAUCUUUCUUCAUCCAAGAUAGGAACUUACCAAAGCUAUGCAUCUCAGCCCUCAUCUCUUCAAAUUCCGGACUCAACUUACAGUGAUCUUGAUGAGUAUGCUAACGUGGACUGGGACAACCUUGGUUUUGGACUCAUGCCAACCGAUUUCAUGUACGUUACUAAAUGCUCGACGGGCCAAAAUUUUGGACAUGGACAGCUCGAUAGGUAUGGGAACAUUGAACUCAGUCCAUCAGCUGGGGUCCUAAAUUAUGGCCAGGGAUUAUUCGAAGGAACGAAAGCAUACAGAAAGGAAAACGGGAAGCUGCUUCUAUUUCGUCCGGAAGAAAAUGCAAUUCGCAUGAAGAUUGGCGCGGAAAGAAUGUGCAUGAUAUCCCCUUCCAUUCAUCAAUUUGUUGAUGCUCUUAAGCGAACUGCUCUCGCAAAUAAACGUUGGGUCCCUCCACCUGGUAAAGGCUCCUUGUACCUUAGGCCUCUUCUCAUAGGAACUGGCCCUGUUCUUGGAUUGGCCCCUUCACCUGAAUACACUUUUCUCAUAUAUGCUUCCCCCGUUCGUAACUAUUUCAAGGAGGGUUCUGCACCGCUUAAUUUGUACGUCGAAGAGGAUUUUGAUCGUGCUUCUACUCGCGGCACUGGAAGCGUUAAAACCAUUUCUAAUUAUGCACCGGUCUUGAUGGCACAAACUAGAGCCAAGAGCAGAGGAUUUUCAGAUGUGUUAUACCUUGAUUCAGUCAACAAGAAAAAUUUGGAGGAAGUCUCUUCUUGUAACAUUUUUAUUGCUAAGGGAAAAAUAAUUUCAACACCUGCUAUCAAUGGAACCAUACUUUCUGGCAUCACUAGAAAAAGUGUCAUUGAACUUGCCAGUGAUCUUGGUUAUCUGGUGGAAGAGCGUGUUGUUGCUGUGGACGAACUGAUUGAGGCCGAUGAAGUUUUUUGUACAGGAACUGCUGUUGGUGUUGCUCCUGUAGGGAGUAUCACGUAUCAAAAUAGAAGGGUCGACUAUAAAACAGAUUCUGGAACUAUUUGUCAAGAGUUGAACAAUACCAUUUUAGGAAUACAAACGGGUACUAUUGAAGAUAAGAAAGGGUGGGUUGUUGAAUUUGAUUAAGUGUGUACACAAAUUAAAUUAUUUUGUCAUCAAAAUGGCUUCAAAGAAAUAUAGUUUGUAAGAAAUAUAGUUUCCAAAAGAAAAGAACAUAUUGUAUACAAUGUUAUGCUAAACUUACCAUAUUUCAUUUGUGCCAUACUAUCUUGCUGUAUAUUUGUCAACUUUAUUAUUUAUUUGAUGUACAUUAAUGUAAUGCUCUCCUCUUAGCA